CAUGGUGACAUCCUCGUUGUCCACAACGGGCAUCUUGUGUUCGCAGCGAACGUUUCAAAGGAGCGCAUAAUGCUUCGCCAGGAGGUUUUGAGCGAGUGGGAUGCAACGAUAUGGGAUGGGGAUACCAGAGGGGAAGGUGCGAUAUCUGAUAAUUGCAGAUAUGUCGCGAAGAGUGGGUGCCAUCGAUGAUUCUUCAUUUCGCGUCGGCACUGGGCUGACGCAUGAAAGUUAUUUGGCACUUCCCUCAGUAUCCCAUCACAUAGUACGCGUGUUCGAGAUCUUUCUCGACGUGGAGCAACGCUGCUCGUGGCGGUUGAUUGCACAGCUUCGGACUCGUCUAGGGACAGCGAAGGUUGCGAGCGACCCCACCGCCGUUCAAGUCACGAACGAGGGGACAGUCUUCAUCGGCUUUCGCAACGGAGUAGUGCAAGCCUGGCAUAUCGCCUUUGAUUCUGCUCAUGGCGGUGGUGGCAAACAUACCGCCGUGCUCGAUUGGCAGCUGGCCGGGAAAGAGAAUUUGGCAACGAUCACAAAGUUGGAUGUGCUCUACAACCCGGUCGCAUGCAGGCAAGAGCUGCUCAUCGCUGAGAUCAACGGGGGGUUGAGCCUGUGGGAUGUGACGGAGCCACGCGAACGUCGAUGCAUUGUGACGGCCUCGCCCGCUGCCUUUCCGCGAAGACUGCUCGACUUCGAAGGCCACCAGAAUGAAUAUUCAUUCACACUGCCGCUCAUCACACAUGCUCACUUACGCCUUAUGGCGGCUCUGGGAGCAGAUGGCCGGCUCAGGAUAUGGUCGCUAGACCGAUCACGGCCACUCAAUGAUGAUCCUGAGCUGGUUUCUGACACAACGCAUGGCGACCGAAGUCAUCUGCGUGAUCCGCAGAAAAGGAGGGGAAUGGAAAAGGAAGACAGCGAUGGAAAAGAGUUGCAGGUGGGCAAGUAUCUUAACCAAUGUGAUGCGCCGAAGCGGCUGUGCACGCUCUGUUGGGUACCCAGGGAUGCGACCUCGGACGCAAAGGGGGCCUACAUUGAAGAUCUGCCUGCGUUGGCGAUCGUCAUACCAAGCAGGUGUGUGGUAUACAUUGCAGAGUGAUCAAUCCAGGCGCGCACAAUCGACACCCGACACCUACCUCACCGUAGACGCCACCGCUUUCAAACGAUCUCCCCUGCUCCAGAGUGAAGUGACGUUGUCUAUAGAUGAAAAGUAGCUCGUGCUUGAAUCUUUGAUGUUUGCAGCCGUCCCUUUAUAUAUAUAUCGAUGCUGUCAAGUGUAGCAAUACCGCUUCUCUGUAGAUAAAC